AUGCAGACGUCGCGGCUGAUCCCAGCCAGGGUCGAAGAACCGACUCUUGCAGGCUAUAUAGGAUGUCCAGGUAAGUGCAUCAAGCUCCCAGAUAACUUACACCAGGCUGAUAGUAAGUCUGUUUCAGAUAUGUCCGGGGGCACCAAGACUGUUCCGACGAAGGGCGUGGUGUUUCUGAGCGCCCGCAAUCACAACACCACCACCACCCUCGCCGCCUUGUUAAACGUGAGCAGCAGCAGUGCUACCUGCCUCGCCCAGCAGCAGCAGCACAUUGCUACCUGCCUCGCCAGCAGCAGCACAGCAGUGCUACCUGCCUCGCCCAGCAGCAGCAGCAGCAGUGCUACCUGCCUCGCCCAGCAGCAGCAGCAGCAGUGCUACCUGCCUCGCCCAGCAGCAGCAGCAGCAGUGCUACCUGCCUCGCCCAGCAGCAGCAGCAGUGCUACCUGCCUCGCCCAGCAGCAGCAGCAGCAGUGCUACCUGCCUCGCCCAGCAGCAGCAGCAGCAGUGCUACCUGCCUCGCCCAGCAGCAGCAGCAGCAGUGCUACCUGCCUCGCCCAGCAGCAGCAGCAGCAGUGCUACCUGCCUCGCCCCAGCAGCAGCAGCAGCAGUGCUACCUGCCUCGCCCAGCAGCAGCAGCAGCAGUGCUACCUGCCUCGCCCAGCAGCAGCAGCACUACCUGCCUCGCCCAGCAGCAGCAGCACUACCUGCCUCGCCCAGCAGCAGCAGCACAGCAGCACUACCUGCCUCGCCCAGCAGCAGCAGCAGUACUACCUGCCUCGCCCAGCAGCAGCAGUGCUACCUGCCUCGCCCAACAGCAGCACUACCUGCCUCGCCCAGCAGCAGCAGCAGUACUACCUGCCUCGCCCAGCAGCAGCAGCAGUACUACCUGCCUCGCCCAGCAGCAGCAGCAGCAGUGCUACCUGCCUCGCCCAGCAGCAGCAGCAGCAGCACUACCUGCCUCGCCCAGCAGCAGCAGCAGUACUACCUGCCUCGCCCAGCAGCAGCAGCACUACCUGCCUCGCCCAGCAGCAGCAGCAGUACUACCUGCCUCGCCCAGCAGCAGCAGUGCUACCUGCCUCGCCCAGCAGCAGCAGCACUACCUGCCUCGCCCAGCAGCAGCAGCAGUACUACCUGCCUCGCCCAGCAGCAGCAGUGCUACCUGCCUCGCCCAGCAGCAGCAGCACUACCUGCCUCGCCCAGCAGCAGCAGCAGUACUACCUGCCUCGCCCAGCAGCACUACCUGCCUCGCCCAGCAGCAGCAGUACUACCUGCCUCGCCCAGCAGCAGCAGUACUACCUGCCUCGCCCAGCAGCAGCAGCACUACCUGCCUCGCCCAGCAGCAGCAGUACUACCUGCCUCGCCCAGCAGCAGCAGUGCUACCUGCCUCGCCCAGCAGCAGCAGCAGUGCUACCUGCCUCGCCCAGAAGCAGCACUACCUGCCUCGCCCAGCAGCAGUACUACCUGCCUCACCCAGCUCCCCUCCCCCCCCCCGCCAACAUAUUGUACCUGUAA